AGGCUCGACCGCAUCUUCAUAUCUCUGCUGUGGAGCGACCCGGUGGAGAUUGCCGGCGAGAAACCCGAGGAUGCGGGCCCGAACACGACCAGGGGCAUGGGCACCCGCUUCGACGCGCAGGUCACGGACAGUUUCCUGACAGGGAACGGCCUCUCGUGCCUCAUCCGCUCCCACCAGAAGCACGGCAACGGGUACGAGACCGAGUACAGCCGGGGCACCGCGCCCAUGGCGGUGACCGUCUUUUCCGCGAGCAACUACCCGGGGGGCGCGGGCGAGCACCUCCAGGAGCGGGCUGGAGAGUCGCUGUUGGAGCCCUUCGCGGAGCGGGCAGCUGGCUGCCAGCGAUCGCCUCGGGCGGUCGGCCAGCGCACGCCAGUUUCCGCCACGUUCGCUGGACAGCGUCUCGCCGCGGACUGCCUGCUGGCUCAGUUUCGCAAUCCGGCCUUGGUUCGCGCGGGGGCGCCGCUCACCGUUUCCUGGAGCCGAGCGGGGGCGUGCGCGAGGAGCUGGCGGGCUCGCUGGACAGGGAGCUGGGCGCGGCGUGCUGGCCUCUGCUGGCGGAGCUCGAGAGCUCGGCCGCCCUGGUACUCCGGCACGGCCUGGACUCGCCCCACGGCCUCUCCAGGCUCGCUCAGGAGCUGAACGACCUGUCGCACGUGCGCGGCUUCGUCGACAAGCAGAUGGCCGGCGACAUCGACAG